AUACUUUCCCUCUCUGCUACGCUUCUCUUCCACAUCGUCAUGUUUCGUUGAGGAAGCGAAGAAAAGCGAUGGGGAAAGCGUUGCCGAAUGAGAAGAGUUGGAAGGUUACGAAAGGGAAAAGGCAGUUACGUAGCUCCGGGAAUAAGUAUCUGAAGCCGGGAACACUUUCUCAGCUUCGGGGUAACAAAUCCUCAGGUUCGGGUUCGGGUGUAGGUAAGUGUUGCACCGAUAUAAGGAAGAAAAGGGUGGCGCUGUUGAAUUCGAGGAAGAGUAGAAACGUGCGCCAUGAGGAUCACGAUAAUAAGCUGUUUGAUAGAAGUCCUGUAAUGUUGUCCCCUGUCAAUUUGGUUAAACAGAGUGGUUGGGUUGGGACACCGAAAUCCCCUCGUGCUGAAGAUUGCAUCUCGGAAUCCAGGCUCGAGUCUCUCCCUAUGGAUUUAUUGGUUAAAAUACUAUGCCACCUGCACCACGAUCAACUGAGGGCUGUCUUCCAUGUUUCUCGAAGAAUUAGAAAAGCUGUUAUAAGUGCAAGGCAGUUUCACUUCAAUUAUACUACCCCAGAUCGCUCUCGGCAAGAGAUGUUAAGUACAAUGACUCCCCGUCCUACUGAGCAUUGGCCCUUCUUGUGCAAGGGUGAUGGAAAAGGAGUGAAGAUUCCAAGCCCACACGCACCUAAAGCACCUAGACACGGGCCUCGACCUCCUUCUCGCCUAAAAGUUUCUGAGAUGCGGCAGGUUGCCGCUGUUCUUUUCCAGGAGUCAGCAUUCCCUCCUCGUUGCUUGGUGCCAUCAGUUAUACCAAAGCCCCUGUGCAAAUCCUUGGCUUCUAAUAGAGUUCUCUUCUAUGAAGAUGAACUCUGCCAGGCAGUUGCUCAGAAUAAACUUCGCUGAUGCUAUUCUCUUGCAUUUCUUUUUCUUUACUGCUUCAUGUUUCUCUUCUGUGUAUAGUCUCUUGGUCUCUAGUGAAUGGAUGUUAGGAUAGUAAAGAUGCAAUUUUGUAGACUGUCUUGGGGAAGUUUAGCUGGUGUGGAUAUUUCAGAUGUCUAAAUAGAUGUGGAGGGUAGGUGGUGGUUGUGGAAAUAAUAUUAUUAUACUCAUUACUUGUAUAUGUUUUGGAUGCCUGAAAAAUUUGGUGUUUCUCUCUUAGAAACAAUUGAAAGAUCUUCCAAACGAGUAUAGAAUGCUGCGCUUUCUUUUGC